AUGGAACCGGCUGGGCCUGACGGUCUGGUGUGGGCCAACUUCACGGAGUACAGUUAUUACUACAUGUACUACGUAGAUCCCGUAUUGCAGGAUGCCUACGAUUGGUCGGAUGUCAUCAACGCCAUAUCGACGAAGGGAAUCAUUCCGUUUGGCCUACUGACAAAUUUAAUCUUCCUGUUUGUGGUGAUUCGAGUGCGUGCCAUGCACACGCCGAUUAACAUCCACUUGUCCAAUCUGGCGGUGGCCGACAUGUUGUUUCUGCUUAUCAAUGUGUUCCAGUACGCGACGGGAAUCGCUACUUUGGCCACCGGCGUCUUAACUUAUCUCCCUUACUUGGCAUCAAUGCUUUUUGUCACCGCAAUGGCUGCGGGUCGCUGCUUUGCGAUUUACUGCCCGUUCCGGGCGCGGACGGGCCCAACCACAUGCCGCGCCGUUGUGGUCGCAGUUGUGGUCUGGGUGGUCUCGCUCCUGUUCAGCGUGGCUUUCAACCUAAUCGUUUACUCGCAGAGCGUGGAUGGCCUGGUUCUGAACCUCCUUUACCUGCUCAUCAACCCGAUAUUUUUAGUCGUCAACGUGGUUCUCUAUGCUUGCGUGAUCGGUGGGCUCUUCAAGCACCGGCGGAUUAACGCGAGCACUGCUCUCAGCCAGCGUCGACUAGUCUUCAUGCUGGUCACCAACACAGCGGUGUUUUUCGCAUUCCACAUCGCCGCGACAUCCUUCAACCUCUACGCCAUGUUCAAUCCGAUGCCGAGGGCCACCGCCGUGAUUGGCCACGCCCUCAUCUACAUGCUCUCGUUCCUCAACUCCAGCGUCAACCCACUGGUGUACACCGCCACCAACGCCGAGUACCGGGCGGCCUUCCUGAGCGCUUUCACGUUUCCAUGUUGUCGUGGUUGUCGGUUCGGCAAGAACAAGCAGCGAACAAACUACAUCGCGAUACGGGAACGUGCCCGGACGGCAUCAAACUCAAACGGACCAAUGAACUGCUACGAACUCCGGGACAUUAAUCCAAAUUCACUCACUACAGACGUUCCAGAGUUUGUGACUUAA